AAGCAUAUGAUUCACAAUUAUAUUAUUACAAAAUCAAUUGUUAGAUUUUGAUUGGUCGGUCACCAAGUAUUACUGGUAUUAAAAUUACACAUUUCUUCUCCCUAAUACCAUUCAUUCCAAAUGAGAGGGCGGCGCCGAGUCUCUUCUGUUUCACCCAGAUUUAUUAUUGAGCUUUUCUUCCUUCCUUCCCCCCCUCUCAAGCGGACCACUUGAGGGAGGAAUCCAUUGCAAACACCAAAACCCUAGACACACACAUCCUUCUCUCUGUCUCAAAACCUAACUCGCAUUGCCUCCUCAUUCUCCUGCCCUGCCCUGUCCUGUCUCUCUCAAGCAAACAUUAUUAGUUAAUUCUCUCUGGUGGUUUUCGGAAAACACAGAGUACCUCAUUUGUCGAAACAACUUGUUUACUCAUCAUCCAUUGUGUCUUCAAUUGGUAUGGCCAAUACAAUGCAUUUAUGUGGUGUUAAAACUCUCUACCCUGGAUUGUCAAAGAGAGCUUGGCACGGGCAUCCGCUGCCGUUUUCACAGCAGCACCAGCAGCUUCAUUUUGGAGUGUCUAUGGCUUCGGUUUCUGAGUUAUCUACAACGGUGUGGAAUUCAAGUCGGAGAAGAGCUUUAACCAUCAAUUGUGAGAAAGCAAAUAUAGAUGUGCUUGAACGGAAUGAUGCCAAGCAUAAAACUUGUCACAGAGUAGCUAAAGAAUUGACAUGUGUGAUGAAAUUUGGUGGAUCUUCAUUAGCCUCUGCAGAGAGGAUGAAAGAAGUUGCUCACCUUUUUCUCAGCUUUCCAGAAGAAACCCCAGUCAUUGUUCUCUCUGCUAUGGGAAAGACAACUAACCUCCUUUUGAUGGCUGGAGAAAAGGCAGUCAGUUGUGGCAUUUCUAAUGUCUCCAAUAUUGAUGAAUUCACAUUUGUGAAAGAACUGCAUCUCAGAACCAUUGAUGAACUGGGAGUUGACAGGUCCACCAUUGCAUUACACCUAGAAGAACUGGAGCAACUUCUGAAGGGAAUUGCUGUGAUGAAAGAGUUGACUCUACGCACAAAAGACUACUUAGUCUCAUUCGGGGAGUGCAUGUCAACAAGAAUUUUUGCAGCUUAUUUAAAUAAAAUUGGUGUUAAAGCCCGGCAAUAUGAUGCGUUUGAUAUUGGUUUUAUAACAACCGAUGACUUUACAAAUGCGGAUAUUUUGGAAGCAACUUAUCCAGCUGUUGCAAAGAGAUUACAGAGUGAUUGGAUGAGUGAUGCUGCAGUUCCCGUUGUUACUGGCUUCCUUGGAAAGGGCUGGAGAUCUUGUGCAGUGACGACAUUGGGUAGGGGUGGUAGUGAUUUGACAGCAACCACUAUUGGUAAAGCGUUGGGGUUGCGAGAAAUUCAGGUAUGGAAGGAUGUUGAUGGUGUUUUGGCUUGUGAUCCUAACAUAUAUCCACAUGCAGAACCUGUGCCAUUUCUAACAUUUGAGGAGGCAUCUGAACUUGCAUAUUUUGGUGCUCAGGUCCUGCAUCCACAGUCCAUGAGGCCAGCAAGAGAGGGAGAUAUCCCUGUUAGAGUUAAGAAUUCUUACAACCCCAAUGCCCCAGGUACCCUCAUCACUAGAACAAGAGAUAUGAGUAAGGCGGUACUAACUAGCAUCGUUUUGAAACGGAAUGUAACUAUGUUGGAUAUUGUUAGUACUUACAUGCUUGGUCAAUUUGGAUUUCUCGCUAAGGUAUUUUCAAUCUUUGAAGACUUGGGUAUAUCUGUGGAUGUUGUAGCUACUAGUGAAGUUAGUAUUUCCUUGACAUUGGACCCAUCAAAGCUCUGGAGCAGAGAACUGAUUCAGCAGGAACUUGACCAUGUUGUGGAAGAACUCGAAAAAGUUGCAGUUGUAAAUCUCCUUCAGCAUAGAUCAAUCAUCUCUCUCAUUGGGAAUGUUCAAAGGUCCUCACUGAUUCUAGAGAAGGCAUUUCAUGUUCUUCGUAACAUAGGAGUCAAUGUUCAGAUGAUCUCUCAAGGUGCAUCUAAGGUUAACAUCUCAAUGAUAGUAAAUGACAGUGAAGCAGAACAAUGCGUCAGGGCUCUCCAUUCUGCGUUCUUUGAGAAUGAUCUCUUCGAAGUAGUCUUGAAACACGGAUAUGAGAAUGAUUCUGUUUCAAGAUUGUCAAAUGAAUGUUCAUCAUGAUGAUCAAUGUCUUUUUUAUAUAUAUGAUCCAUUUAAAUUUGGGAACCUUUUUUUCCCUGUUAUGGUUGAUUCAUGUGUUGUAUUGUACUGUAGAUCAUUUUUGGAUUUUGGAUAAUAAUAUUUUAUCUGGGAGGCUUUAGUUGGGCA